AUACAAACAGUUCAUCAGAAUGUUGUUAGCAAGGAAAGUAUUGUGCGUCUCAACGUUAAGUGAUUCAUUUCAGAAGCAAUAUUUAAAAUUUCAUUAUGAUUGGUUGUAUUAUUGGAAUAGUUUUUGAAGAUGAUUGAAAUUGCUGUCGUUUUAGUUCUUUUUGCUUUGAUUAGUUUCUACUUGGUGCUAAUCUAUUAUCAUUUUAUUGAUCGUGAGGUGUAUAUUUAACAGAGAAGUUUUAGUUAAUUCACAAUGAUAGGUACUUCUAGAACAGUUUGUUUUUCUGAGAUUGUUGUUGGAAGUAUAAUUUUGAUCGUCUUGAAGAUCAUAUUUGAAAUUGAAGUGAGGUGUUCGUAGUUUGGCACCAAGAUUGAUAUAAUUUCUUUUCAAAACCAUUUAAUUUAAUAUUACAAGCAAUACGUACCCUUCAAGUUUGCUCCACUACGGACAAAAUAAUAAUGAAGAUGUUCUAUAUAUGAAAACAAGACUAUAGUGGCAAAUAACAGAAUAUACCGUAUACUUCGAGUGACUUAAAAAGUCUUUAAGUGGAAGUGACAUUUAUAUCGUUUAACUUGCAAUCGGCAAAAUUAUAAUAAUACUCAGUGAUAUAAUAUAAUGUCGGUUCAUAGUAUUUAUACCCUAAUCGGUUGUUGAAUAUAAUAUUAGCAGAAAGGUUUCUAGUGAUUCGGUAAUUAUAAUGAUAUACCUGAGAAUAAACUUGGAAGUAGUGAUUAAAUUUAGUGAGUUGUGGAAAAUAUCGUGGAGGAGUUUUGAGUUGAACAGAAUUUUGGAACAUUGAAUAAUCCACUUGUAAAUUAUGGAGAUAAUUCAGUCGAUUUUCUUCUCAAGAGUGGAAAUAAGAGGCUCCAAGUAUUACAAUGGCAAUGAAUGCAUUAUUAGCCAAGCCAAGUGGUAGAUUAUUACAAUCAUCAUCAUCAUUCAAGUCAUUACUGAAGUUGACACAAAAUGGCGAAUCUGUUGUGAAGAGGUCAUUGACCUCACAGGAAGUCUUCAGCAGAGAAGAUAAGUAUGGAGCACACAAUUAUCAUCCACUUCCAGCUGCUAUUUGCAAGGCACAGGGAGUGUACAUGUGGGACGUUGAAGGCAAGAGGUAUUUCGACUUCCUCAGUGCCUAUUCUGCAGUGAACCAGGGUCAUUGUCACCCGAAAAUAGUGAAAGCCCUUCAAGAGCAGUCUGAAAAGCUGACUCUGGUUUCGAGAGCAUUCUACUCAGAUGUGCUGGGUGAAUAUGAGGAGUACAUCACCGGAGUUUUCGGCUAUGAUAAGCUGUUGCCCAUGAAUACUGGUGUGGAAGGAGGUGAAACAGCAUGUAAACUAGCAAGAAAGUGGGCGUAUGAGGUGAAGAAAGUGCCUGAAAACAAAGCGAGAAUCCUGUUCGCCAAUGGCAAUUUCUGGGGUCGCACCCUGGCUGCCGUCUCCUCAUCCACAGAUCCCUCCAGCUACAGUGGAUUCGGCCCUUUCAUGCCUGGCUUUGGGCUGGUGCCCUACAAUGAUCUCAAAGCUCUAGAGCACGAGCUGAAGACAGACCCGAACAUCUGCGCGUUCAUGGUGGAGCCGAUCCAGGGUGAAGCCGGAGUGGUGGUUCCCGACGAAGGCUACCUGAAGGAGGUGCGCCGCCUCUGCUCGCAGCACAACGUGCUUUGGAUCGCCGACGAGGUGCAGACGGGUUUGGGUCGCACCGGACGACUGCUCUGCUGCGAUCACGAUCGCGUACGACCUGACCUGCUAGUUCUCGGCAAGGCGUUGUCUGGCGGCGUUUAUCCGGUGUCAGCAGUAUUGGCCAACGACGACGUGAUGCUUUGCAUCAAGCCAGGCGAGCACGGCUCCACAUACGGUGGCAAUCCCCUCGGCUGCCGCGUGGCAAUGGCUGCUGUCCAAGUGCUGAUAGAGGAGCGACUGGCAGACAACGCCGACAAAAUGGGACAAAUUCUCAGAGACGAACUGGCAACCAUGCCCAAGGAUAUUGUGCCUGUCGUCAGGGGGAGGGGGCUGCUCAAUGCUAUUGUCAUCAACAAAGAAUUUGAUGCAUGGGAAGUGUGCAUGAAGCUGAAAGAAAACGGUCUUCUUGCCAAGCCAACUCAUGGAGAUAUCAUCCGAUUUGCACCACCGCUAGUCAUCAACGAGCAGCAAAUAAGAGAAUGUAUAGAAAUCAUCAAGAAAACUAUUCUGUCUUUCAAGAAAUAAAGUAUUUAAUCAAAACCAUA